CAAAGGAGGCUCCAUUUUGCGCACGAUGGACAUCCGGACACGCCGCCGUGCCAGAUCCAUUCACUUUGCAGCCUGCCGCUCUUUCUCUGCACGUCCGCCAUGAUGAACAACAACAACAACAACAACCCGCACCACCGCACGACACUGCCGAUGCAGCGCUGAAUAGCGAACAGCAUACCGCCGACGCAUCCACGCCGACACAUCAGCAAGCGAGUGGCAGAAAUCGGAGUCCCCGUGCUGGUGCUGGCCGCCAACCAACAAGCCGCCUGACAGGAGGUUAUUACCGUCGCCUGCCACAAUCCUCAUCGACCACCAUUGCGACAACAACACCACCACCACCACCACCACCACCACCACCACCACCGUCGACCGCCGACUCGACCACCAACCAUCUGGUACCAUGUCGACGCCGAAGGCUGGUAAGAAGAGCCUCACGGUCAAGCUGCACAUCUCUGGCACACGCCUUCGCGAGUGGCCAUCAGACUCGCCGGCACAGCCAGCAGUCGUCGCGCCCAUCAAGAUAGAGCCAUCGCCAUCAAUACAGCCGCCUGACGCGAAUGAAAAAUCGUCCGAAUCAAAUGCGACUCCCAUACCCACCAAUGGCGAUGCUGCCGAUGCCAACUCGUUAGCACCACCAAAGGUCGAUGGCAGGCGGAAGAGAGGCGGCGCUGCACCAUCAGGCCGCAAGCGUGCACCACCCUCGAUCGAUCCCAAUGCUCCGCCUAGAGAGCGAGGUCGACCGGGUCCGAAGAAGAAGCCCAGGCUUGCGGAUGGUACUAUCGACCGCACAGGCGAGGUCAAUGGCGCAGCGCGUGCAAACCCCAUCCCGGCACACAAGCUGGGCCCGAAGGCCAACACGGGCAACAUCAACGCCAAUCUUCGAGCGCUGGACCGCACCGGCAAGCCAUGUCGAAAAUGGGGCAAGAAGUCACUCAACCUCAAGUCGUUUACGGGUACUGUCUGGUCCAUGUCGACCUGGAAAGCACCUCCAAAAGCUAAAGGAUUCUCUGGCGACGUCAAGUCCGACAGCAGCAGCGACAUCAAGCCAGUCAAUGACUCCAGUGCUCUUCCUAGCGAUCGAAGUCAUUCCCAUGUCGGCGAAGACACUAUGAUGACCGGCAUGCAAAGCUCGCCUGCACCUCAGCCAGCAGCUGUGUGAAACCAUUUGCAUCAACAUCAAAAAUUUGAAUCUGGGAUGGAUGGGUAUGAAGUGGGUCAUCAAGGCCGCAAACGAUCGCCAACCUGGCCAGCAUGUGAACCAUCGCAUACAAUUACCAACAUGUGUCAUUAGCACUUUAGCGAGGCGUUGGGUUGGGUCAUUGAUUUCUGGUGGACCGCACAGGCGAUGACGACUGGGCGGCCUAGCAUGAGUUUGACACUGGCAAUUGAUACCACUAUUCGGACAGGACAACGGGAUGCAGAACUUCAAAAGCCCAGAAUCUGUUGAGAGCAGUUUGAAUACAGCACAACCCUCUCACUAGAGAUCAUUUCAACAAGAGGCGACAAUGCUCCUGUCGGAUGUGUGAUGAAUGUGCCGUGUGAAGAGAAUCCAAGUGAUUAGAGUCACCGCGAAAAUUAGAACAACCAAUGCAGUCGUCUGUUACCAGCCUCG